CGGGCGCGGAGCGGGCGCGGAGGCCAUGCGGCGGCGGCGGCGGGCGGAGGCGGCGGAGGAGGAGCAGGGCCGCACCGCGCAUGCGCACAGGCCCUGAGGCCCCGCCGGGCGAGGAGACGGAGCAGGCCUCGCCAUGGACAACCAGUGCACGGUGCAGGUGAAGCUGGAGCUGGGCCACCGGGCGCAGCUGCGCAAGAAGCCGACCACGGAGGGCUUCACCCACGACUGGAUGGUCUUCGUCCGCGGGCCCGAGCAGUUCGAGAUCCAGCACUUCGUGGAGAGGGUCGUCUUCCGCCUCCACCAGAGCUUCCCCAAGCCCAAGAGGGUCUGCAAAGAGCCGCCGUACAAGGUGGAGGAGUCCGGCUACGCGGGGUUCAUCAUGCCCAUCGAGGUCCACUUCAUCAACAAGGAGGAGCCCAAGAAGGUGUGCUUCACCUACGACCUCUUCCUGAACCUGGAGGGGAACCCGCCUGUCAAUCACCUGCGCUGCGAGAAGCUGACCUUCAACAACCCCACCAAGGACUUCCAGCGCAAGCUCAUCAAGGCCGGAGGGGUGAUGGUGAUGCCCGAGGGGGCCGAGAGCGUCUCCCGCCCGAGCCCGGACUACCCGAUGCUGCCCACCAUCCCGCUCUCCGCCUUCUCCGACCCCAAGAAGACCAAGCCCUCCCACGGCUCCAAGAAGGCGAACCGUGACGGAAGCGGGAGUGGGGGCGGCGGGAAGGCCUCGAAGCCACACAAAGUGACUCGUGAGCACCGCGAGCGCCCCCGGAAGGACCCGGACGGCAAGGGCGGCUCCUCGUCGUCUUCCUCCCGGGACGCGGAGGCCGGGAAGCCCCCCAAGGAGCCCUCCUCGUCCUCGUCCCGGAAGCCGGUCGAGGGCAAGCCCCCCGGCAAGGAGGACCGCCCCCCGCUGCUCCCCAAGGCGGCCUUCAAGGAACCCAAAAUGGCCCCCAAGGCCGAGGCCGCCUCCCCCAAAGGGGGCGGGGCAUCGGGAGCGGGGGGCGGGGCCAGCAAUAACAACGCCCCGGAAGCGAAGCCCCCCGGGAAGCGGCCCCCCACGGCGGUGACGGCGGGAGAGUCCCCGAAGCCGAGCGCCAAGAAGCCGAAGAAGAGCAGCGGCGGCGGGAGCAGCGGAGGAGGCGGGGGGUCCGGGUUCAGCAAGGGGCCGAAGGGACCCCCACAGACGUCCUCCACGCCGUCCCCGAGGGGGGGCGGCCCCUUCGCGGAGAAGAAGCCCCCCAAGGAGAGGGCGGCGGCCAAGGCCGAGAAGGGCAGCAAGGUUGAGGCGGAGGGCAAGAUGGCCGCCCCCGCCAAGAAGGGGCCGGAGGCCACGGCUGCGACCGAGGAGGAGUCCCACUCCGAGGACGAGGAGCCCUCCCUCAAGUCCGAGUCGGCCCCGUCCAGCCCUUCCAACUCCAGCUCCAGCUCCGACUCCAGUUCCGACUCGGACUUUGAGCCUUCGCAGAACCACAGCCAAGGUCCGUUGCGCUCGAUGGUGGAGGACCUGCAGUCGGAGGAGUCGGACGAGGACGACAGCUCUUCCGGCGGGGACGAGGGGCCCCCCAAGGCCACCCCGGUCGGGCGGGACGCCAGGCUCAGCCCCAGCGACAGCGAGAGCGACAACAGCGUGGACUCCUGCCUCCCCGGCCGAGAGGGGCCCCCCGCCCAGAAGCCGCCCCCCGCCCACAACAAGGUUUCCGGGCGGAAGAGCCCCGAGUCCUGCAGCAAGUCGGAGAAGAUGCUGAAGAAAGGCACCUACGACAAGGCCUACACGGACGAGCUGGUGGAGCUGCACCGGCGCCUGAUGGCCUUGCGGGAGCGGAACGUCCUCCAGCAGAUCGUGAACCUGAUCGAGGAGACGGGACACUUCAACGUCACCACCACCACCUUCGACUUCGACCUCUUCUCCCUGGACGAGAGCACCGUCCGCAAGCUGCAGAGCUACCUGGAGGCCGUCACUACGUGACCCCCCCCCCCCGGAAAGACCCCCCUCUUUUGUAAAACAAACACAGACGUUGCUCUGACACCUGGAUCACCCCUCCUCCCCUUCCUUUGGAUCAAUGGACCCUCUUUGGGCCAAAACGGGUCGCCGUCCGGAACAUGUCCUGGACAAGUACCCAUUGAAAACGGUCGAUCCCGGAUGAGUACCCAGAUAAAACAGGUCGUCGAUUUGUUGUUAUCCUGGACGAGUACCCAUUGAAAACGGGUCGCCAACUGGAUGUUAUCCCGGAUGAGUACCCAUUGAAAACAGAUCGCCGUCUGAAUAUUAUCCUGGACAACUACCCAUUGGAAACGGGUCACCAUCUGUUAGCUAUCCCGGACAACUACCCAUUGGAAACGGGUUGCCGUCUGGAUAUUAUCCCGGGUUGCUGACUGGACAUUAUCCUGGAUGAGUACCCAUUGAAAACGGGUCGCCAUCUGGAUCCUAUCCUGGAUGACUAUCCAUGGAAAAUUGUCAACCCUGGAUGAGUACCCAUUGACAAUGGGUUGGCGUCUGGAUAAUAUCCUGGAUGAGUACCCAUUGGAAACGGGUCGCCGACUGGAUAUUAUCCUGGAUGACUACCCAUGGAAAACUGUCGAUCCCGAACGAGUACCCAGUGAAAACAGAUUGCCAACCAGAUGUUAUCCUGGACGAGUACCCAUUGGAAACUGGAUCUUUGACGAGUACCCAGUGAAAACGGGUUGCCAACCAGAUGUUAUCCUGGACGAGUACCCAUUGGAAACCAUCGAUCCCAGACGAGUACCCAGUGAAAACGGAUUGCCAACCAGAUGUUAUCCUGUACAAGUACCCAUGGAAAACUAUUGAUCCCAGACGAGUACCCAGUGAAAACAGGUUGCCAACCAGAUGUUAUCCUGUACAAGUACCCAUGGAAAACUAUUGAUCCCAGACGAGUACCCAGUGAAAGCGGGUUGCCAACCAGAUGUUAUCCUGGACGAGUACCCAUGGAAAACUGUCGAUCCCGGACAAGUACCCAGUGAAAACGGGUCGCCGACCAGAUGUUAUCCUGGACGAGUACCCACUGACAAUGGGUCGCCGUUCGGAAACUAUCCUGGACGUGUACCCGUUGAAAAUGAGUCGCCGACUGGAUACUAUCCUGGACGACUACCCAUUGGAAACCAUCGAUCCUGGACAAGUACCCAGUGAAAACGGUUCGCCGACCAGAUGUUAUCCUGGACGAGUACCCAUGGAAAACUGUCGAUCCUGGAUGAGUACCCAGUGAAAACAGGUCGCCGACCAGAUGUUAUCCUGGACGAGUACCCACUGACAACGGGUCCCCGUUUGGAAACUAUCCUGGACGCCUACCCAUGGAAAACUCUCGAUCCCGGAUGAGUACCCAUUGACAACGGGUCGCCGUUUGGAAACUAUCCCGGACGAGUACCCAUUGAAAAUGAGUCGCCGACUGGAUAUUAUCCUGGAUGAGUACCCAUUGGAAACCAUCGAUCCUGGACGAGUACCCAGUGAAAACUGGUCGUCGACUGGAUAUUAUCCUGGACGACUAUCCAUGGAAAAUUCUCAAUCCCGGACAAGUACGCAUUGACAACGGGUCGCCGACCAGAUGUUAUCCUGGACGAGUACCCACUGACAACGGGUCGCCGUUUGGAAACUAUCCUGGACAAGUACCCAUGGAAAACUCUCGAUCCCGGACAAGUACCCACUGAAAACGGGUCGCCGACUGGAUACUAUCCUGGAUGAGUACCCAUUGGAAAUGAG